AUGUUCUCCCACCUCGCUGCAAAGGCUGCCCGGCCCACUGCCGCGGCUUUCAAGCCUCAGGCUCGCUUCAUCUCGGCCUCCACCAAGGCUGCUGCUACGCCUCAGCGCAUCCAGCAGGGAAGCAAGGGGCGCCAGAUGCCCCCGGCCUUCAACCGUGCCACCACUCCGGCCACCGGCGUCGAGGCCACCCUCACCAUCCGAGAUGGCCCCGUCUUCCGCGGUACUGCCUUUGGCGCCAACACCAACAUCUCUGGUGAGGCCGUGUUCACGACCUCCCUUGUCGGAUACCCCGAGUCGAUGACCGACCCCUCCUACCGCGGUCAGAUCCUCGUCUUCACUCAGCCUCUGAUCGGCAACUACGGCGUUCCCUCGUCGAUGCGUGACGAGUACAACCUCCUCAAGUACUUCGAGUCGCCCCACAUUCAGUGUGCCGGUGUCGUCGUCUCUGAUGUGGCCGAGCAGUACAGCCACUGGACCGCUGUCGAGAGCCUGAGCGAGUGGUGUGCUCGCGAGGGUGUCCCCGCCAUCUCUGGCGUCGACACUCGUGCCAUCGUCACCUUCCUCCGUGAGCAGGGUUCCUCGCUUGCCAGGAUCUCUGUGGGAGACGAGUACGACGCCGAUGAGGAUGAGAGCUUUGUCGACCCCGGCCAGAUCAACCUGGUCAAGAAGGUCAGCACCAAGGCUCCCUUUGUUGUGGAGGCCCCCAACGCCAAGUUCCACAUCGCCCUCAUCGACUGCGGUGUCAAGGAGAACAUCCUGCGCAGCUUGGUCAGCCGUGGCGCCAGUGUCACGGUCUUCCCCUACGACUUCAAGAUCCAGAAGGUUGCCGACAACUACGACGGAAUUUUCAUCUCCAACGGCCCUGGUGACCCCACUCACUGCCAGUCUACCGUCCACAACCUUCACGUCCUGAUGGAGACCUCGCAGGUGCCCAUCAUGGGUAUCUGCCUCGGCCACCAGCUCCUGGCCCUUGCUGCCGGUGCUCGCACCAUCAAGCUCAAGUACGGCAACCGUGCGCACAACAUCCCCGCCCUGGACCUCACCACUGGUCAGUGCCACAUCACCAGCCAGAACCACGGCUACGCUGUCGAUGCCGGCACUCUGUCGAGCGAGUGGAAGGAGUACUUUGUCAACCUCAACGACGGCAGCAACGAGGGCAUGCGCCACGUCUCCCGCCCCAUCUUCUCGACCCAGUUCCACCCUGAGGCCAAGGGUGGUCCCAUGGACAGCUCUUACCUCUUUGACAAGUACAUGGAGGAUGUCGCCGCUUUCAAGGCUACCCAGGCUGUCUACAAGGACAACCGCCCCUCACAGUUCAUGCUCGACAUUCUGAGCAAGGAGCGUGUUGGUGUCCAGCCCGAGCCUCUCGCCACUGCUGCUUAG